AUGGAGGAGCUUGUGAAGGAAGAGAAGAUUCUUGUUUCGGUUAGGGUGAGACCAUUGAAUGACAAGGAAAAAGCAAAGAAUGAGGUUUCAGAUUGGAAAUGCUUUAGAAACACUGUCAUGUACAACAACAACACCACCCAAGCUGAUCGGCCAUCUUCUCCCUCUGCUUAUUCCUUUGAUAGAGUCUUUGGCAACAACUCUUCUACGAAGCAGGUGUAUGAAGAGGGAGCUAAGGAGGUUGCUCUUUCAGUCGUCAGCGGUAUAAACUCAACCAUUUUCGCCUACGGACAAACAAGCAGUGGAAAGACGUAUACUAUGAAUGGAGUGACCCAAUUUGCAGUUACAGAUAUAUAUGAUCACAUGGAGAGACAAAGUGACCGAGAAUUCGUGUUGAAGUUCUCUGCCAUGGAAAUAUAUAAUGAAGCAGUCAGAGAUCUCCUCAGCUCCGAGAAUGCUCAACUUAGGCUCCUAGAUGAUCCAGAGAAAGGUACAGUUGUCGAGAAACUUUCAGAGGAAGUUCUGAGAGACCGGAACCACCUGGGGGAACUUCUUUCUACCUGCGCAGCUCAAAGGAAGAUAGGAGAGACCUCCUUGAAUGAAACUAGUUCUAGAUCCCAUCAAAUUUUGCGACUGACAAUUGAAAGUACUGCCAAACAAUUAAAAGGCCUUCAAAGUUCCGGCACUCUUGCUGCUACAGUGAAUUUUGUUGAUCUUGCGGGAAGCGAGCGUGUUGCUCAGGCAUUAUCAGCUGGUGCAAGAUUGAAAGAAGGGUGUCACAUAAAUAAAAGCUUACUGACCCUGGGAACUGUAAUACGCAAACUAAGCAAGGGAAGAAAUGGACACAUACCGUACAGAGAUUCCAAGCUUACACGCAUACUGCAAAAUUCUUUGGGAGGUAACGCUAGGACGGCCAUCAUUUGCACCAUGAGCCCAGCAAGAAGCCAUGUUGAGCAAUCAAAAAACACCCUGUUCUUUGCAAGUUGUGCAAAAGAGGUUACUACUAAUGCAAAGGUCAAUGUGGUAAGGUCGGAUAAAGCAUUGGUAAAGCAAUUGCAGCAACAAUUGGCAAAAAUGGAAAAUGCUUUGAAGAGCUUAGAAACAAAUUCAAUGAAAGAGAAAGAACUUUUGCUGCAACAGAUGGAUAAAGAAAUAAAAGAAUUGACUAAGCAACGUGAUCUUGCUCAAUCUCGAGUUCAAAAUUUGCUAGAAACAGUUGAUGAAGGCCAAUUUAGAAUAGCUGAAAAUCCAGUACUGGAAUCAUCAGACAUGGAUGUAAAAGCAUGCAAUCCAACAGAUAGUACUGAUAGACCUAGUUGUUCCUCGAAUUCCAGCAAGUAUUUCCAACGGCUAUCUGAAAUUUCUGAGGAAAAUUUUCUGCUGGAUGGUAUUGAUCCAAAGUUUGAAGGUUGGGAGGAUAUUGCAGAAAGAUCUCAAGCAGAAAUCAAAGAUACUGCACAAAGCUCUCAUGCAGAACCUGUACAAUAUGCACGAAGAUCUCACGUAGGACCUCAAGAUAUUGCACAAAGCAAAGACACUGCACGAGAGCUUCUUACAGAAUCUGAAUUCGAAGAUGUCUGCAAGGAGAUUAGAUGCAUUGACCAAAUCGAAGAACGCAUGGACAAGAAUAAAGUGCCAAUAUUGCAGCAGAUGGAAGAUGCCGAGUUGAAAAAUGCUAGCGCAGAGUAUGAAGCCUUGCAGAAGAAAAUACAGGAUUUGCAAAGGACGAUUAACACUCUUGUGAGUCUUAAUGGCCCUCUGGAUCAAUCUCCUUGUUCCUCUGAAUCCAGCUCUGCAAGCUUAAGCUUCGCCAGAAGUAGAAGUGCCAGGGCAGUUCUCCUAAGUCCUCUAUCUAUCUCAUCUCCAGCUAAGGAGACGGUACAAAAUGAAACCCUAACACCUGCUCAGUUCAAAUCAAAGCAAGGUAAAAACAUUGAAAUGUCACCCAAAGAAGAAGUUCAAGCUCCUGCCGUAAGAGCUGCCACGAAUACAGAGGAAACUAAAGAACCUGAGGCAGAGGAAGACUUGCCUGAUAAAACACAAGAAGUCCCUCAGCAGAAGGUGCCGAAACCGAAGCGUGGAAAGCUACCCCGAAGAGACUCUGGUCGAGAAUCUCUUUUGAGUCUUCAAGUGGAGGCAGAGGCACGAGUGCCUGAAGAGGAGGAUCUUGUGGAGGAGUUACCUCAAGGUUCAAAAGGCCUGCGAUGGAAGCUUUUUAAAUCAAAGCAGCCUGGUCCUAAAUCAGUGGUGAGUUCAUCUGUGAAGACUUCGAAAGCUUCUUCUGUUUUGAGUGCUCCGGUGGCUUGGAAAGUUAUCCAGAACCAUUCGGAGUCGGAUUUGGAAGAUAACGUCAGUGUUCUCAACUUCGAUGACGAACUUAGAAGAGACAAACAUGAAAAGCAUGUACGACGACCGAGGAGGGCUGGCCGUAUGGACACUACAUCAGUACAACGAGCACUGAGAAACAGUUCCGAUUGGCGGUCUGAAUUUGAAAGACAGAGGGCAAUGAUAAUCGAACUCUGGGAUGCUUGCUACGUGCCACUAGUCCACAGAUCCCAUUUCUUCCUUCUUUACAAAGGAGAUCCAUCCGACUUUCUGUACUUGGAGGUAGAGCUUAGAAGACUAACCGCUCUAAAGGAAACAUUCUCCGAUGGAAGUAACAGAAGUACCGUGAGUGAUCGACAUGUUCUCACGCCAGCUUCAAGUCAGAAGGCUCUUAAGAAAGAGAGGGAGAUGUUAAGCAAGAAAGUGCAUAAGAGGUUCUCAAGAAAAGACAGAGAAAGGCUUUACCAGAAGUGGGGGAUUAGGCUGAACACGAAGGAGAGGAGCCUACAGUUGACGAACUACCUAUGGACGAGCACGAUGGAUAUGGGACACAUCAGGGAGAGUGCAGCACUAGUUGCGAAGUUGAUUGGCCUUGCAGAGCCACUUCAGGCUCCCAAGGAGAUACUUGGAAUCAGCUUCCUAUCACGACCCGUUCCGAAGAAAGCCUCUUUCUGGCGCGACACCAUGUCCACUCUGUAG